AUGAAACUUUGGACAUCUCCCUGGGUGUCUUGCCUGGUGAUUCUCAUCUUGUGUUUUGGAUCAGAGUGCGGGACAGUUCGGAGAAAGGGGAGAUCCAAGAGAGAGCUGGUGCGCAUUAGGGAGGCGAAAGCCACCAUCCCAGGGGCUUGUGCCACUCGUCUGCCCCGGGGCAAGCGCUCUUUGCCCGGCUUGGAGCGACGGGUCCCUCGGCAGCGUCGGCGCUCCUCGCAGGCAGAGGAAAACUCUGUGGACCGGGGGAAAGCUGUCUAUUUUACCGGCAGGGGAGAUCAGCUACGGCUCAAACCUGGCGUGGAGAUACCCCGAGGAAAUUUCACUCUGGAGAUGUGGAUUAAACCGGAGGGGGGUCAGCGAUCACCCACAGUGAUAGCAGGCCUGUAUGACAAAUGUUUCUACGCCUCCAGUGAUCGAGGCUGGCUGCUUGGCAUCCAGGCUGUUAGUGAACAUGGAAACCGUGACCCCCGCUUCUUCUUCUCCCUUAAAACUGACCGUGCCCACAAAGUGACCUCCAUCCACUCCAACACUCGAUAUGUACCCAACCAAUGGGUGCAUGUUGCGGUUACAUAUGACGGCGUAUACAUGACGCUCUAUGUCAACGGCGCUCAAGUGGGUGUCAGUCGAGAGCAAUCAGGUGAUGUUUUCAGCCAUUUGACAAAAAAGUGCAAAGUACUGAUGAUUGGAGGGAAUGCACUGAAUCAUAAUUACAGAGGGGCAGUAGAAAGGGUGGGGCUUUGGAGGCAGGCCCGAGGGCAGAGACAGAUUAUCAGGGAUAUGCAGGGCCAUGAGGACCCCCAAGAUAUACCUCAGCUCGUCAUCCGUGAAACCUUUGAUCACCCAGGCCGGAAGUGGCUGACUGUAAAAGAUGGGAGUUUUCCCCAACCAGAACAAGGAAAUGGUGGACGAUUAGGGCAUCUGGGCAGUGGUGGGGUUGGAAAUGGUGAGGGGUUGUUGGACAUAACACUUGAGCCUCCAACAUGUGGUCAAACUGUUUGUGACAAUGUGGAGGUUAUAAAAAACUUCAACCAGCUUUGGACCUUCCGUCGUCCCAAGAAAGUGCGAUAUCGAGUCAUAAACAUUUGGGACGAUGCACGAAAGAGGCCAACUGUCUCCGACCACCAGAUCAGCCUGCAGCACCAGCGGCUCAACGAUGCCUUCAGCCCAUACAACAUCACCUGGGAGCUCAGCAUUCACAAUGUGACCAACUCCUCGCUUCGCAAUCGGUUAAUUCUCGCUAAUUGUGACAUCAGCAAAGUUGGUGAUGAUUCAUGCGACCCGGAGUGCAACCACCCACUGACAGGGUUCGAUGCCGGUGACUGCAUGUCUGGACACCGGAGUCGUUGUCCUGAACACAAGCAGGGGAACGGUGUCUGUGACCCUGAAUGUAACUGGGAAAGCUUCUUCUAUGACCUUGGCGACUGCUGUAACCCUAAUGUGACAGAUGUGACUAAGACAUGCUUCAACCGCUCCUCUCCACACAAAGCAUAUUUGGAUGUGAAGGAACUAAAAGAGGUCCUGCAUUUGGAUGGCUCGACUCACCUGAAUGUCUUCUUUGCCAAUUCUUCUGAUGAAGAUCUGGCGGGGGUUGCCACUUGGCCCUGGGACAAAGAAGCCCUCACACAUUUGGGUGGCAUUGUGCUGAAUCCCUCCUUCUACGGCACCUUCGGUCACACUGACACAAUGGUCCAUGAGAUUGGUCACAGUCUCGGGCUGUACCAUGUCUUUCGAGGCAUAUCAGAAAUCGAGUCGUGCAAUGAUGCAUGUCUAGAGACCGAACCCUCCAUGGAAACUGGAGACCUGUGUGCGGACACCAACCCCACACCCAAAUACAAAGGCUGCCAUGAUCCUGAACCGGGAAACGAAACCUGUGGCUGUCGGCAUUUCACACAAACCCCGUUUAACAACUACAUGAGUUAUGCAGAUGAUGCCUGUACAGAUUCCUUCACACUGAACCAGGUGGCCAGGAUGCACUGCUACCUGGACCUCAUCUACCAGACCUGGCAAACCACCUCCAAACCUCCUCCUGUGCCAAUGCCACCGCAAGUGGUUGAGCAGCAUCAUAAUUCUAUCACACUGGAAUGGUUUCCACCGAUUUCUGGACACUUUUACGACAGAGAAGUGGGAUCAGUGUGUGAUAAAUGCACUGAGGGGAGAGUUCUGCUGCAGUAUGCCUCCAACUCCUCCUCCCCUCGGCCGUGUGCCCCUUCUGGACACUGGUCUCCGCGAGAAGCUGAAGGUCCUCCAGAUGUAGAGCAGGCCUGUGAGCCAAGUGUGCGCACCUGGAGCCCCAAUGCUGGAACUGAGCAAGGCAUUGUUGGCCUGUCUGAGUGCCCUCUUCAGGGCUGCAUGCUUCAGCUGGAGUUUGCAAACCCAUUAGUACCAGACUCCCUGACUGUGUGGGUGACCUUCUUCAGCCCUGAGGAAACAGCACUUCCAGCUAUCCACAACAUCUUGCUGCUGACGGUCAGUGGGAACAACAUUUCAUUAGGCCCCAGUAAUGUUUUCUGUGACACCCCACUGACCAUAAAGCUGGAUAUCGAGGAAGAGGUUUUUGGGGUGCAGUUUUUCACAAUGGAGCAACAUCUAGAGAUUGAUGCCACUCUCUUGGCAUCCAAGCCAGACUGCGUUCUUUGUAGGCACUGUCAACCACUACGCUACCGCCUGUUGCGCCAGCCACCCUUCACCCAUGCACCACAGGGUCUGACUUUAAAUGAACCUAUCCGGAGGUAUACAGACAGGGAUGUGGUGCCACAUGUUGUGUACACUUACCAAGUCCAAACCAUUUCUAGCCGGGGUGAAAGUGAGCCCUCCCCCCCUCUGGUACAUGAACUCGGGGCUCCAUACUGUGGGGAUGGACACAUCCAAAGUUCCAAAGGGGAGGAAUGUGAUGAUAUGAACUCUAUGAAUGGGGAUGGCUGCUCCAGUCAGUGCAAGAAAGAGCCCUUCUUCAACUGUGUGGAGGAGCCAAGCAUGUGUUAUUAUUAUGAUGGUGAUGGGGUGUGUGAGGACUUUGAGCGUGAGACGGGUGUGAGGGACUGCGGCCUCUACACCCCAAGUGGGUUCCUAGACCAGUGGGCAUCCAGCGUUGAAGUUUCCCAAGAGGAAAAGCCCUAUUGCUCUGGAGAGGUGGCUGCUGGGUACCCUGCUGUUACUAAGACGUGUCAGUCGAAGGUGUUUGAUCUGUCAGAUGGUGUGUCUCAGUAUGCAUGGUUCCCCUGUCGUGGAGCCAGUCAAACCCACUGGGGAAAUUCCAACUAUUGGCUCAAGGCUCACUUUUCUCAUCCCAUGGUGGCAGCAGCAGUGAUAAUCCAUCUCGCUGCUGACGGGACCGGCUACAUUGACCAGACACAAUGCAACAUCACUGUGCAGCUGGUGGACACCAAAGAGGGCAUCCAUAGCCUUGGUGAAUGGCGUCUCAGCUGCCGCACCAACCCUUUGGUAAUCCCGGUGAGCCAUGACCUCUCCGUGGCCUUCUACCACACAAAGGCCAUCCUGGUCAUGUUUGCAUCAGACCUCGUAGCCAUCUCGGGCGUAGGCCUGCGUUCCUUCCAGUCCUUCGAUCCAAUCACCAUAAGUGGGUGCCAGAGCAAUGAGAUCUACAACCCCACAGGCCAGAGUUGUGUACAUUAUUCGUGUGAAGCCAUUGACUGCCAGGAACCCUUAAUCCGCAAUGCAGAGCUCAAGUGCAGUAGCCCUGGUCGCCACUUCUACAAUGGAGACCGCUGCACCAUCUCCUGCAACUCCGGAUACGUCCUCCAAGUCCAUCAGGAUGACGACAUCAUCAAGAGUCAGUCUGACUCAUCAGUGACCAUAACCUGUGCAAAUGGGAAAUGGAACAAACAGGUGUCGUGUGAACCCGUCGACUGUGGUCUGCCAGACAAGUACCAUGUCCAUCCUGCCCAUUUCAGUUUCCCUGAGGGUACCACCUAUGGCAAAAAGAGCACCUUCCAGUGUCGAGAACCUGCACAGCUCAUUGGCUCCAACAACACACUGACUUGCCUUGAGGAUGGUCUAUGGUCCUUCCCUGAGGCUCUGUGUGAGCUACGCUGCCCGGCUCCUCCUCCAGUACCCAAUGCUGUACUCCAGACAAAGCGCUGCAAUGAAAGUGGCUUGAAAGUGGGCACGCUCUGCAAGUACAAGUGCAAGCCGGGCUACCAUGUCACCAACAAGCCUAAGAGGCGAGCAUUUAAACGCCAGUGCACCGAAGAUGGCAGCUGGCUGGAGGGGGCAUGCGAGCCAGUGACUUGCGAUUCUCCGCCUCCCAUCUUCCACGGCUCGUAUCACUGCACCGACGGCUUCCGUUUCGACAGCGUCUGCAAACUCAACUGCUCGGAUCCUGCCGGUAAUACCGCUACUGCCGCCACAGGAGGCUCUGCCCAUACGGUGAGGCUGCUGCACGCUCCAUGCAAGCAGGGUGCAGCGUCCAAUGUGAUUCGCUGUAGGAAAGAUGGAAACUGGACAGGGUCGUUUCGUCUCUGCCCGCACAGCAAAGGCCAGUGUUCUUUACCUCAAAAUCUCCAUCAUAACCUCCAGUACUCAUGCAAACGAGGACACGGCAUAGGUGAGGAGUGUGAGCUGUCGUGCAGAGAGAGCAUAAAUGACGUGGUGAUUCUCCCUAGCAACAUGACAGUAGAAAGUGUGCUUAAAGAGCACUGGAGGAACCCGCACAAAGUCAAGAGUAUAGUCUGUACAAUGGGACUGAAGUGGUAUCCGCACCCAGAGUUGCUGCACUGCAUCAAGGGAUGUGAGCCGUUCAUGGGAGACAACUACUGUGAUGCAGUAAACAACAGAGCCUUCUGUAACUACGACGGAGGAGACUGCUGCCAAUCCACCGUCAAGACCAAGAAGGUGAUUCCGUUCCCCAUGUCCUGCGACAUACGGGAUGAGUGCUCUUGUCGGGAUCCCAACGCUAUAGAGAACAGAAAGGACACCCACGUGCAUUCCCUGGGGUGACCAGAAACACAACAGGGACCUCUGCUCAACGUCCUGGGACCCUCCGACUACAACACAGCCAGAGCGGCCGAGGCAGACCCCUCCUUCAUCCUCCUCUCGGCCUCCGAUUUCCUGCACAUGCUGCUUAACAGGCAUACCUCUCCAUCCAUACUGCAACCCCGACCAGCUGAACGGCCUCCACAUCAUCACAGACAGAUCUAGACAUGAGGAUAGGACUCCACAGGCAACUUCAUUUCUCAGCUAAAAAAAAAAAAAGGAAAAAUAACCUCCGCAGUUGCAUCAUUUAAAAACAACAUAUAUAGCAAGGAAAAAAUACAAGAAACAGAUGUUUGGUUUUUUUGUUGAAAGAAUAGGAAAACAAAGAAAAAAACAAGCAAAAAAAAAAAAAGAAAAACCUAAAAACAUGACCAAGCCUAGGUAGCAUGCCUUUUGUUCGGUUUUGUGCCAGUUUCAGUGUCCAUUGUAGUUACCGUGCUUUACAAUCACAUGAUUGAACCAAAGGUACUUUAAAUUGUGCACGUGGGAAAUUACGUCGUGCUCUAAAAUUCGCAAACCUGAAGGAAAUCCAGUUGAAAUGUUAAAAUAAUCCGUAGACACUUUGAAGGCAUGUUUCACACCUAUUUUCGGAGGGGCUUAAAAUCCUCACUUAGAUUAUUCCAGGUUUAAAAAUGGUCAAGAUUUCUGUAUCUCGACAUCAUUCUCGGGAGUAAUGUGUUUCUUUGAAGGCACGUCACAGGCUUAUAGAUGUUAUUCCUUACCUGGUGGGGAAUGAGGCAGCCAUAUUGUUAAAGUUCAAGCCACAGAUUCAACACAAAAGCCAAAGCAAAACACACCAAUCCACACACACACACACACACACACACACAUACACAUACGCAUAAAAAAAUCUUGACGAAUUAAAACGUAGAUGCUUUUCCAAGACAAUUUUCUACUUAGAGCCAAAAUCUGAAUGCAUAAUUAAAACUAUUUUAGCAUGGCUUCUGCUACUGUGUUUGCUGCUACUUGCCAUCUUGUCAUAAUAUCUACUAGGGUUAGACAGCUUUGUCUGCCUCGCUGCUUACAGUACCUCUUUACAGCAUUCAUUCACACUUGCAUGUUAAUAUGAAUACUUGCAGCUCGCAUACAGAAUAGAUGUUGACGACACCACAUAUGAAAUGCACUAAGAACUUUAAAAACCCCAGAACCUCACUUGUCAUAUAUCCUAAACAGUGUUGGGCAAGUUACUUGAAAAAUACACUCAAUGACUCAUUACACCUUCAUUAAAACUCUAAUUACAUUACCUAUUUACUCAUGAAGGAAAGUAAUCAGUUCCACCGCUGAGCUCCUUGGUGCCUUUAAAGCCUGAACCCCCACGUCUACAUUUUAAAAUGUGUUAAAAAAAAAAAAAAAAAAAAUCAGACAAAAUGGUUGAACAAGCAU